AUGCAGGCGCCGCCCACCUCACAGAGAUCCAUCGGUCAACGGCGCUCCCCAGCAGCAGAUCUAGGACCUCCCAAUAUCGCGGCUCGACCGAUGUCUCCUGGGCCAGGCGCACAGUCGCGGACGUCGUCGGCCUCUGGCAAGGCAGUUGCAAGUGGCAGCAGAAGGCACAAUGUCGGUCCUCCAUCAAUCCAAACCAGCCAGAACGCUCCCCCGCUGUCCCAAAUCGAGAAGAGCGUCACCCACCUGCUGGUAGCUACAAAGCAGCUCCUCGAGACCCUCACACAAUGGUCCCGCCACCAAGCGACGGACGCGCAGGUGUCCGACGUAUAUGUGCGCCUGGGUUACGAGUUCAAUAUAGCCUGCAGAGCCUUCACGGCGAUCAACGUUGAUACUUCCGACCUGGGAAAUGUCCCUGAGCUUCUGCGUCACAUCCUCGAAUCAACACUCAGCCAAGAAGCCAGCGUUGAGAGCUUGGAAAAGUACCUGCCUCGGAUUCGUGAUAUCAUAAUCACUCUGCUUCAUGGUCUAAAGCGGAAGCAGCAGAAACUACGGCAAAAACAAGCAAAAGAGAACGCAAAUCAUAAUGGGGAUGGUUCUGUGCCUCGGACCAGUAGCUUGAGUAGUGUGAAUAGUUCUGGCACAGGCCUCACCACACUUUUGGACCAGGGGAUACAGAGUAGCUUCCAGCGGGAUGAUGAGAAUCCGGAGAACAGGUCGAGCACGAACCAGAAUGACGGGAACGUUCCUCCCCGAACGUCUUCCUCCUCUACCUCAAAUCGGAGGAUGGCUUUGGAGAGAGACCAAUCGAAAGGGUCUUUUGCUUCGAGCCACUCAAUGUCAAGCUCGACGAUGCAGAAUAUGCCCGUCCUCCCACCGUAUCAAGAGGAAGCGUCGCUACCAUCACUGCCACCAGAAGAUCUCAGUGUGAACGAUUUCCCACCCCCACCUCCGCCGGCCAAGACACAGAAUGCUCUUGCAGCACUACAGAGAGGUGGGGAAUUGGAGAGAAGGGCCUCGAGAAGAUAUUCGGCUUACCAGAUAUCAAAGCAUCUGGGUGCAUCGCCAAAUGGUGUACCCAUGAUGCCCCCAGCCCAAAACUCGCCGAUUCCUAAUAGGGGUCGCAACGACGCUCGCGAGUCCAUGCGAGCCGUUCAAAAUCGAGGUGACCAACGACACACACGUCAACUUUCCAGUCGCUUAAAUAUUGACUAUUCUCCAGCUCGUAUCCCGAGUCGAGUUUUAGAAGAAUCCUCGCCAACUCCAACAUCGGCUUUGCCGCCACCGAGCGAUUCUACCGACAGUACUAUUGCAAAGACCCCGACUGACAAAUAUAGAUCGCCCAAUUAUGAGUUGGACGCAACACCAAGCGCAACCCUACAAGGACUGCCUUCCGACCCUUCUUCGUCUUUUCCUAUGCAAACUUUCGAUGCUGCAAAUAAACUUCAGGGCCCCGAUACACCCAAAGAACAAGGGCCGUCUACACGACAGUCGCCGAGUACGGUUGAGCGGAGAAGAUACACUCCUGAGCCCACUCCACCUCCCGGGAAGGAACUGACAAUAUUCUUGCAAUACAAGACAAAGGUUAAGAAAUUCGUUCUUACGGAUGGAUAUGAUGAUUUGUCUAUGGCAAAACUGCAGCUAGCAUUUAUUGAAAAAUUCUCAUGGAAUACUCAUAAUAAUGGGGUCGACCUGCCCGAGAUAUACAUCCAGGACCAGGUCUCGGGUGUGCGUCACGAGCUUGAGGAUCUCGCCGAUAUCAAAGAUAGAUCGGUAUUGGUACUGAAUGUAGAGGUCCUGGAUGAGGUCAAACGUCAUAUUGAUGAGGGGCUUGGCGGCAUCAGGAAAAUAGUCCAAGACGUUAAAGUUGCGGUCGAUGACCAGCAAGCCACUAUACAACGUGUCUCGGACCGGCAACAAGACGCUGCAAGGGAGAUUACACGAAUGGCAUCCGGGCCACUCCCGGCUUCGACGGCGUCACAUGCUGACAAUCAAAGAUCUAUCGUGCCAACGACCAGUCCUUCGAAAGUUAAGAAGUCGGAUCAGAUAAUUGAGCUUAACAGCCUGCGCCGUGAUCUUGCAGUUAUUCGUCAGGUCUAUUCCUCGUUCCAGUCCGAUGUUCAGAAUUCGAUGUCUACUCUGCGUAAGACGGCGGACUCCGUCAAAGCUGUGGCCGCCAAAACUGCUAUACCAGAUCUCAAAGGAGACUCGGGCCGGGCAUACGUCAACGGUGGAAAGAAAGAUCUCAACGUAGAAUCCGACAGGUUGGUGGGCCAAGUCGACGACCUCCAGGAUAUCGUUGAAGAUCUCCGCAAGGAUGUCGUUCUUCGUGGCGUGCGUCCUCUCCCUCGACAACUCGAGACGGUGGCCAAAGAUAUUUCUCAGGCUACUAUGGAACUCAAAAAGAUGAAGGACUUCCUCAAGCGCGAGCGUCCAAUCUGGACCAAGAUCUGGGAGAAGGAACUUGAGACCGUCUGCAAUGAUCGCGAGGAGUUGACGAUGCAAGAAGAACUAGCUGCAGAUCUCGAGGACGAUCUCGAGAAAGCAGCCCAGACCUUCGCUCUCGUGGAGCAGGCGACGAAGGAACAGAUGAAGGAUAAUCCGGGAACGUCAAACGCAGCACGCGUGCUCUCGAGGGGAUUGAACCACGUGUCUGCUGACCCCUCGGUCGCUAAAGAAGGUGUCUUAGGUGAAGUCCGCGCCUUGCAACCGAACCACGAGAACCGCCUCGAAGCCAUCGAGCGCGCCGAAAAGCUGCGCCAGAAAGAGCUGGAGAGCAGACGAGGCGGCGAGUUCCAGAAAGAGCUCGGUACGUUCGUGGAAGAGGGCAAGCUCAAGAAAGCAGGUGGUUUCGAGGAAGUUGAGCGAGCCCGCAAACUCAAGGAUGAGCGCAUACGUAAAGAAGUGUGGGAGAGGCAGAAUGGAAUGACACAAGCUGACGCUUUGGCCGCUGAACCUGACGCUGCUGAACCUGAUGAGACAGAACCAGUGGCCGAAGAUGAUGGAGCGGAAGUCAAGGCAGACGAUGGGCCGCCGGAUGAGGUCUGA